AUGUCUCGACGAACGUGUGAAGAGGUGUCGCUCACAUGUCCUGUCGAUUUGACUCUAUACGGUUACCGACCAGUCCUGGGAGUCAAUGCAUUCUUCGUUGCGCUCUUCGGCCUCUGCUUUAUUUCACAAGUAGCCAUGGGAUCAAUACGGCGGACAUGGACAUUCUUGUUGGCCAUGGGCUUCGCUACUAUCGGGGAGACACUAGGAUAUGCAGGUCGAGUUAUGAUGAAUGACAAUCCUUGGAGCGAUGGUGGCUUCAAAAUGCAGAUCUGCUGCUUGGUACUCGCCCCCAGCUUCCUGGCCGCCGCGAUCUACCUGACCUUGAAACACGUGGUCCUCUAUUGUGGACCCGAGCACUCACGCUUGAAGCCUCGGCUCUACCCCUGGGUAUUCAUCGGCUGCGAUCUUGGGUCGAUUGUUCUGCAGGCGUGCGGUGGUGGUGUGGCUGCCGCUGCUCCCGACCAGGGUUCAGCCAACGUGGACGAGAAGAAGCGACAAGCCCUGCUCGACGCCGGUAAUGGGCUGAUUAUCGCUGGUAUCGGUUUCCAAAUCGCCACCAUGACAGCCUGCGCUAUCCUGAUGGCAGACUACUACCGCCGGUUUAGCAAAGCAAAGAAGCAAGCGCUGAGAUCGAGUGGCGACUUCUCGACUGAGUCGAAUUGGGAGAAGAAUCGCAGCAAUCCGGCCAUAAAGAGGAACUUCCGACUAUUCAUUGGGGCUGUAUCUAUUGCUUUCGUCACGACGCUUAUUCGCUGUGUCUAUCGCAUGCCGGAGAUGGCAGGACUCAGCAACGACGAUAGGGGCUGGGGCAACAAGCUGAUGAGGAGAGAGACGGAGUUUCUUCUCUUGGAUGCGCAUCCGACUGCGGACAACGCAACCGCUCUCUUCUCGUUGUCGAUGCUGUUGACCCUCAUCACGUUCGCUGUUGAGCGGUUACCGAACGAUAUGAAGACGCCUGGCUUCUCGUACCUGGGGUCUGCCGAUUCUGUGCCCGACAUCAACUUGCCGUUUGGAUCGUCGACCAGGAAUUUCAUGAUGGUCAUCUCAACAUUGCGUGGCAUUUUGCUCGUCAUUCACCAAACGCAGCAAUACUUUGAGGGAGACAUCGCCGAGUUCAUGCGAUAUCCAAGAACGGUAGACUUGCCCGAGCAUCGGCCUGAUGUCGCAGACAUGUACGCACAAUUGGCCAAUGCCGCCAUGAGCUACCAUCCUGAAGAUGUAAGAACGAGCAUGCAGGCAGAUGAACUCCAGCAGCUCUUCCACCAGCAGGUCAUUCGCCUUCGAGAUGUCACAAGGUGUACCAGUGUCAUUGAAUGGGACAGCCACAUCUUCUCCUUCCUCGUCUCAGCCCCGCCAGAAUACAUCGAACUGAUCAAGAGUGGCGAGCCUAUGGCUCUUGUCAUCCUCGCACAUUGGGCUGCGUGCUUCCGGUGUAUGGAUCAUCACUGGUGGGCUUCUGGCUGGGGAGAGAAACUUGUUGUGGACAUUUCAAAUCUUAUCGACAUGAACGCUUGGUCGAGAUUGAUGGAAUGGCCAUUGUCGCAGGUUCGACGUGGCGUAGCGGACUUUGUUCCUUCCUCAUCUUGGAUGGCUGGGUGA